AUGAAGAAAUCAAAGAAUUUUCCCGUGAAGAAAACAUCCAAACCACAAACUGCGACCACCAAAGUCGAUGAAAAGGUACUCCCAAACCAAGAUUCCCUUGAUGAUGAAAACCAAGGAUUUGGCGGAUGGCUAAGAUCAGCUGACGGCCUGGAGAAUAUGAAAUUGUUCGUUAUUGCGAACAGUAUAGUGAUACUAACAACACUGGUAUACCCACAAUUGCGAGUCAUUUUUGAUAUAAUAUCUGAAACAAUAUACGGUACGGAUUCUGAGUAUUAA